AUGGUUCAACAAUCCACCAUAGUGACGGCUUCCGUUGCCGCUUUUGCGACAGGCCUUGUCGCCUACGCAGUCUACUUCGAUUACCAACGGCGCGCCAAUGCCAGCUUCCGCCGCGAGCUCCGCAGGAACGAGCGCAGGAAACACCGUGCCGAAAAGGAGGAGGCCCAGCUGGAGACAGUUCGCAUGCGCCAGGCCAUCCGUCAGGCUGUUGAGGAUGCCAAGGCAGAAGGCUUCCCUGCCGACGUUGAAGCCCGCGAGGCCUACUUCCUGAAGCAGGUCUCCGAGGGCGAGACUCUUGCCACCGAUCCUACACGUGCCCUUGAUGCCGCCCUCGCUUUCUACAAGGGCCUCAAGGUCUACCCUACCCCGGGCGACCUGAUCAACAUCUACGACAAGACUGUUCCCAAGUCUAUACUAGACGUCCUCGCCGAGAUGAUUGCCCUUGACGACUCCCUCAAGAUUGGUGGCUCUUACACCGGCGGCAUCAACCUCUCCGACAUCCCCAACGUUGGACUCGACUAA